GUCUAGGCGUGUCUGCACGGGCCUCUGGCAGGCAGGCAGGCAGUGCACAGGGAGAGAGACGCUGAGAGGUGCGACACUCAUACGCAAGGAAACGGAAAAUCCCAUCAAGCCCUUACUUAGCCGGUCAGUCAUUAUCUGUCUCGCCACAGACAAACAGACUGUCAGCUUCCGCAACCGUUCAUCCUUUGGACACAGACGGACACAGCUCCAUGCACAGCCGCCCGCCGACCAGCGCUAUUGAUGUCCCUCACCCCGUAAGUCAGCAGUAGACGCAUCCCUCGGUCAGGUACACGUCGUCCCGCCCCGUGCGCGGCCACGGAAACAGCUCGUUGCCGCACAUCGGCAGGCUCACACACACGCACAAAGCCGCCAGCACACUAUCCAAUGCGUCGCCGCCCGCAUUCCCCACACACAGCGCCCUCAGCUGUCCAUCGUCGGCCGUCUGAAGCCGCACCAGCUCACAUGAACCAUCCUCGAAGCUGCAGGCACACACACACAGACAUACACCCAGAUGGGACAACCAGAUCCGACUGUGUCUAACGCACAUGUGUGGGCCGUACCUCGCCCAUAUCCGCUCUCUCUGCCGCCUGUGCGCAUCGGUGGUGCCUUUGUACGGCUGAUAUAGCGCCGGUGGCAGCGUGGCCUUUCCACUGCUCCCGUCGGUCGCCGUCUUUUGUCGCUUGGCUGGCCGCUGCCCGUCGUCUCUGUUGUUGCUGUCGAUGGCCUUGAGGAGGCUGGCGGGGCAGGUCUCGAGCAAAAGGGGCACCCCCUCUGCAGCCGACUGCAUCGGCGCCACGCGGAUGUCAUCUGACCGGACGAGCGGCGCAAUCAGGCUGGCCAGCGAGUGAUACGCCUGUCGGAACAUACGGACGUUAUGCGGCAGCCAGGGGGUCUUGUGGAGGACGUCACUCGCCCUCUUGAGCUCCUUUUCGCUCCCGCAAGCAUCGCACGCCCGCUUGAAGGCCUCUGGUGAGUCGAACGCCUCGCCAAACGCCUCAAUGAAUCGCCCCCAUCGCGUUGCUCCGCUUUGGUCGCCGGCCGGAGUGUGUGCCUUGGAUGAUGAGGUGGCGGUGUCGCCGGCCAGCUUGAUGUGUUCCUGAAGCUCCAAACGGUCCAGCAGGAGCUCGGAGAGCGACACGGGUGCGUCGAGACCAAUGUAGCCCACAGUGCCCUUGUGUGCGCGGAUGUAAGCAAGCAGGGCUUUAUAGCUCUCGUCGCGCGACGGGCCAGCAUCGGGAAGGUUUGAGGCGGGGAAGCACUCGGUCAGGCGGAACACCGGCGGCUGGCCAGCGGCGUCGGAGGACAAGCAGCCCCGUGAGACCCACACGGCUCGGCCAGCCUCCUGCACACACGCGCAGAUCAGCAUGAUUCCCGAACACAGCCAUGCGGUGCGAUGCGAUGCGAUGACUAUCUGACUGACCUUUGCGCCGCUCCAGUCGAUACCGAUCACCACCUCUUGGGUCAUGCUGUGUGUUGGGAGGCGGAAACUGAGAGGAGAAAGAAG